GCUCGCGACACGCUGGAGGGGAUGAUAAGAAGAACGCAAGCGCGAACCUAUCGACCAGCUAACCCUCCGGGUAACACCCUUGCGAUCCUCAGCCGAAGCUCACUGCUUCUCCGGCGAACUAGUGGGUAGUACACGCACGCGACACAGAUUUCAACUUGGAUUGUUUAGUUUCUCCUUCCUCACCUCUCUUAUUUCAUCCUUUCCUUUUGGAUUACCUUACGUUGAAGUGUUAUUCCAUAACUUGGGAAAAAAAGGGCACAACAAAGAGACGAAUCGGUAGUGAACGUCGUCAAGCGAGCCACAAAGCCCAAGACACAAAAUCUCCGCCUCCACCUCCCGUUCCUAAGCCGCUCGAAGAACACGAAGAUCGUCGCAUACGGUGACCAUCCGACCACCAAAAGCCACCGGAAUUCUGCGGUUUUGGUCAGGAGGACGAGGUCGGUGUUAAACCAGCAAGAUUACCGGCCGCGGCGGUUGCGCCAAAUACUGUGGUACAGCCCCUUCACCCGGCAACAUUUCAUUCUCCAGCUUUCGACAGUCCUUCACUUCCAAUGUUAACUACCUGAAACGGAGUUUGUCUUCCAGGUUCUCGUCAGGGGAUUUGAGCUCGGAGCUCGACGAUGAACCAAGCACAGACUCCGGGCUGGCCUCCAUGGCCAGGGAUUCGUCCCAAUCGUAUCAAGCGGUACCGGAUCGGCCAUUGCAGUCUCAGCCAACUCCUGUUCCACCGGCUAACCAGCCACCGGUACCUGGAGCACCGCCGUCUGGACCACCUCAACCCGUUGGCGGCGAUCUAAGUCUCAACCUGAGACCCGGAUCGAGAACCACCAGCGCUCCUUCCUCGCCGGCCAAGACCCGGGAAAGUUUACUCCAGAGGGUUCAAAGUUUGACCGGAGCUGCUCGCGACCAGGGUGCAUCGAUUCUAGGAGCGGCGGUGUCAGGUACAACUAGAGGGCCAUCUUACAACAAAGAUCGGUGUUUCACCCUGCUAGUCAUCGAUGACCAGAAUACCGACUGGAGCAAAUACUUCCGGGGUCGUAGGCUUCACGGUGAUUACGAGAUCCGUGUAGAACAGGCGGAAUUUAGGGAAUUGUCGUUAACUGCGAGCGAGACUGGUACUAUUGUGUCCAUGGCGGUUUAUCGUAACGGAACCAAAGUCAUCCGAUCUUUCAAACCUGAUUUCGUCCUGAUACGACAGAACCUAAAGGACGCCGGAGAAGACAACAAGAACCUUCUUCUCGGUUUAAUGUACGGCGGUGUCCCGAGCAUUAACAAUCUCACGGCAAUUUACAACUUUCAGGAUAAACCAUGGGUGUUCGCACACCUAUUGGGACUUCAACGUCGUUUAGGAAAAGACAACUUCCCCUUGAUCGAGCAAACUUACUAUCCCAACCAUCGUGAAAUGGUGAGUGCAUCUCGUUAUCCGGUUGUGGUGAAACUCGGGCACGCCCACGGUGGAGUGGGAAAAGCCCGUGCCGAGACGAAUCAAGAGUUUCUAGAUCUCGCCUCUUUGGCUGCUUUGGCGAACACUUAUUGCACGUCGGAACCGUACGUCGACACCAAAUACGACGUUCACGUGCAGAAAAUAGGCAAUAACUACAAGGCGUUCAUGCGGAAGAGCAUAAGCGGAAACUGGAAGUCUAACACCGGUUCGGCGAUGUUGGAGCAAUUAGCCGUGAGCGAAAGACAUCGCACCUGGGUUGAUCACGUGGCCCAAUUAUUCGGUGGAUUGGAUAUCUGUGCGAUCGAGCUGUUGGUCGGGAAGGAUGGUCGAGAAUACAUAAUCGAGGUGAAUGAUAGCGCGCUGUCGUUAAUGGGAGACUCACAAGAGGAAGACCGUCGUCACAUUGCAGACCUCGUCACCGCGAAAAUGCAGGCAUGUUGUCGACCUCCAAGCGUGUUGACGAAAACGACAUCCAGAGGAUCGAUGUCUGGCUCCAGUCAGGCAACGAGUCCUGUAGAAGAUCGCACUGUGCCACCAACAGCUCCGCUAGGAUCGCAUGGAAGCAUGGGGUCCAUGGCUAGCAUAGGAAGCUUAGGUUCCAUGGGCUCUACGACAGCAAUGGCGGGUGAUGUAACUAGUUCUGACAGCCACCAUCAAUUGCAACGACGCGAUUCUCAAGCAUCGCAAUCGAGUACAGUGAGCAGCGCUCCAUCGGUUGGUCGACGCCAAGAAGAUGUUCCAACAUCGAGAGUACCUUUCCACAGACAAGGCAGCCAAUCCCAGAGCGAAGACACCGAAGACACCAUGAAGAACCUUCGGAAAACGUUUGCAGGAAUCUUUGGAGACAUGUAAAUUUUUCGAACGAAAGUGUACUGGAGCAAAGGAGAUCAUUUUAGGAUUAUCAUCAAAUUUAAGUUAGUGAACAAAAAGUAUUUAAAAUGUAAAUGAGUUAGUUAAUAUUUUUAACGAAAGAUCGUAUUUUUUAUAUAGCUUCUUCAUUAUCAGUGAUGUAUAGGAAUAAUUUUGCAAUUAUAGGAUUUUUGUUAAACAGUUGGAAGAUGUAUUUAAAUUAAUUUGUCGAAUAUGAAAAUGUACUGGAAAGGAAUAUAUAAUAUAGUCGAUAUAUUUGUAGAUCAUCAAGCUCAUCUAAAUGACGCUCGCGUCCCACACUGGACGCCAUAUAACAAUGUAAAUUUUGCUAACGGUCCACGGCGAUGUGUAUAAACAUAAACAUAACUUAACUUUUCGUUUUUUAUCAGUUCAAUAAUUCAUCCGUUUCUUGCCAUUCGAUUACGUUGAGCGA